AUGGACGAACAACAAUGCGACUCGGCCGGCUCAAGCUCAGCCGUUGAACAGCACCACUCUACUUACACCGAAAUUAGGUCAAGGCGUUAUGCCAGUGACGUUGCUGAGCGCAUCAUCGCCUCCUCGGACCCUUCAGUGCCGGAAGAUUAUGAACAUGUCAAGGCACAGUCCGAUAACGAGCCAAGCAUCACCGAGUCAUCCGGUCGCCCAGCUACUCCUCCGUUAGCAACCGAUCCAGUGACGCCUGUACAAGAACCUGCGCCAGAGUCCGAGACCAAAUUGCCCGAGGAAAGACAAUGUCGUAUAUGCCUUGCAGGAGCAGAGGAAGAAGCCGAGCUGGGUAGACUCAUUAGCCCUUGCCUAUGUCGCGGUUCUAUUCGGUAUGUUCAUGUAAACUGCUUGAAGCAAUGGCGUGUCAUGUCCCAAAAUCGGAGUGCCUUUUGGUCCUGUCCUCAAUGUGGGUUCAAGUACGCACUUGCUAGAACGCGAGCGGUGGGCCUUGCUAAUUCGCCUGUUGUCUUGAGUACGGCAUCCGUGCUAUUAUUUACUAUCAUAGUUUUAUUGUCGUCUUUUCUGGGAACGUAUUUUGUCCCGGACGCCGAAGCCCUGAGCGAACCCCAAAUGACAAACCAACGGGAUUCCGAUUCGUUUUUCAGUGCUAGCUUCGGUGGCGUUGUCAUCUCGCCGUUCGAUUACUACGCAUAUUCGUGGGACACGGCCAAAGACGUUUUCAAGCUGGCUGUGAAAACAUUUAGCGAUAUUUCUGACCUUGAGGAAGAGUACGAAUUCUGGAAGAAAGAUGACGAGGAGCCUGACAGGAGUGAUAUCCUCGACGACAGCAGAUAUGAGAGUGUCCAUACUUCGAGCAAGGGAUUCAAGAGUACGGUCAAGAUACCUCAGAAGACGAGAUCACAGAAGAAAUAUCCAAAGCGCAAGAUCCGCAGCCCUCCAUCGCGAUUCGAACGGUUUGUGCGAUGGUUCAUCUAUAGGUUUAUGACUGGCCUUGGCGUUGUUGGCAUCCUGUCUUUUUUGAAUCUCCUGUUUUCGGUUGGGUUGAUUGCUCCUCUACGGUUAUUUGGUGGGAAUUGGACACGUGGGCAGCGAAGAGCAGCAGCAAACGAUACUGCGACUCUACUCGUUUUCGUGGUGAUUAUUAUUGGCGUGGCCAGCAAUUUGGCUUGUCUACAAACUUACCCGACACAUUGCCCAACUCUUACUCGGCGCGCCGAAACCGCCAUCCUCGAAGUUGGUCAAGUCGAAGAAGAUACUGAGCCCGAGCCAUGGGGUCCUUAUCUUAGGCGUGUUUUCCAUGAAUUGCCAAAUCGCGCGCGCGCGAUCCCGUACCGCCUACUGCCGAGCAUGAUAUUUGGUUGGAUCGCGCUUGCACUUGUUCAAGGGUGGCAUGCCGUGCGAAACUGGACGCGUGAUGCUGUAGGACAGAUGAUCCAAGUCGGUCCUCAACAAGGGGUACCGGUGGUCGGGCAUCAACGAGGAGUCUUUUUAGGUGAUUGGUGA